AUGGCUUGUUCUCGCAGUCUCUUCAACCUUACUCUUCCUUUCCCCACCGAUGCGGCACCAAUUCAGUCCACAUGUCACUCUCUUUCGCUCUCACACUCCCCUCUCUUCACCACGCCAAAGAUAGCUUACUCCGGUGCUCAGCGGCGCACGUGUGGUGCGGUGUACUCUCACAUGACCAUGGAGGAGAAGCCCCUUUCCGAGAACCGAAUGCUCGUGUAUGUGCCUCCUCAUCCGUUGAUCAAGCACUGGGUUUCAGUUUUGAGGAAUGAGCAAACCCCUAGUCUCAUCUUCAGAAAUGCAAUGGCAGAGUUGGGAAGGCUACUAAUGUAUGAAGCUUCAAGGGAUUGGUUGCCCACUAUUUCUGGACAGAUUCAAUCACCAAUGGCUGUAGCGACUGUGGAAUUCAUUGACCCAAGGGAGCCUGUGGCGGCAAGUAAUUCCAAUCUUGAGAGCCGGUCUUGCUCUUGCUGA